AUGUCUCCUUGCGUCCUCGCGACUCGUUUGUUAAUCUUCUCCGCCUUUUGCGGCCUGGUCAUUGCAGACCAAAUCAUACAUGACCCUAUCAAGGACUUCUGUCGACGUCACCAACAUCAAACCUGUGUAAUCGACUCCAAGGUGUAUGUAGAUGGGGGUCUGGUAUACUAUGGCACUGGGGUCAAUCUGGAUAGCCAGCCGGAGACAAACGACCGGCUAGUCUACGGAGACCUUGCCAGCAUUAGCGAGGGUGCGCCAGCUCUCUACGGCAAUCUCUCCAAGGGCUCGAAUGUACCCUCUGUGAGUGGAGGCGUGUUGUGGCCUGACCAGGUUAACAAACUCUUCUACCUAUUUGGCGGCGAGUAUAACAACGCAAGCGUCAAUAGCUUUAGCGACGGGCUGUGGUACUACGAUACAAUCUCGAACACAUGGAGUCAGUCACCAUUUGAUGGCUCGCAGACAAAGAUCUCGUGGCCGGCCUUUGGCGGGUCCGCAGUCACAGAGGAGGGGAUUGCAUGGUAUUAUGGCGGUUAUCUCAACAACAAAACGGUACCUAACUGGGCCGGGGCGCCCCUCAUGCUCAAUAGCCUGGUUUCAUACGACAUGACCAAACGAACUUGGACGAACAACACUGAGGGGAUAGCACGAGCUGAGGGGACGCUUCAGUACAUCACGGCCGGGAGUCGAGGCAUGCUGAUAUAUUUCGGAGGCCGCGAGACAUUGGCAAACGGUAAUGUCAGCUACAUUCAGAUCUAUGACAUUGCCAAUUCCCGCUGGUAUACGCAAACUGCCACCGCUGGCAUCGAUGAUGACAUUCCCAGGAAGAGACGUGGUUUCUGCGCAAAUACGGUCUGGGCGAAGGAUCAUUCCUCUUACAACAUAUACAUGUAUGGAGGUAUCGCUUCCGACGAAACAGCACUCGGUGAUAUCUACAUUCUGUCUUUGCCAUCAUUCACAUGGAUCCCAUAUCCAUACUCCCAACAAAAGCAAUGGUCUGGUGGCAAAGCAUGGGCAUCGUGCGCCUUAGUCAAGAAUUCACAGAUGAUCGUCACGAGCGGCUUCUAUACCAACUCAACCAAAACCGGAUGCGACGUGGCGACCAUCGGCGGGCAGCAUACACUGUUUCCUGGACAAGAAAGCAUAGAACAAGGGACGGUAUACCACGCUCUUGCUGCUGAUGUGGUGAAAUACAGAGUGCCUGGCAUCGUCACAGCAGUGAUCGGUGGCGAGUGGGUCUCCGAGAAAAUUACCGAUGGGAAAGCCACCUUGAAGUCGCCAACCUCCGGAUGGGCUACAAGCGCACUGGCUGUUGGCUUCGGAACAACUUAUGCCGGGCUCGCACGCACAGCAACAAGGUCACUUCCAGCGAGCUCUUCCACACCAACGACAUCGGGGCUGUCAGCAAGUACUGUCCCCUCGUCUAAAAGCAGUUCUAACGUAGGAGCCAUUGCUGGUGGCGCAGUCGGGGGCGCAGUGUUUCUAAUCGCUAUCAUUGCUCUCGCACUCUACCUCCGAUCUCGUCGCAAGCUAGCCAAGCCAAUAACAAAUACAGCGCACAAUUCGACCGCUCAGGACAACCGCUUCUCGACCGCUGGGGAGAAGCACUUCUCAAUGUCGAAGGGUAGCACGAUGUACUCACCCCACCCGCAAGGCUCGCCACGUCCGCCGUCAGAGCUGCACGGCUACGGCACAGGACAGCAACACCAUAGCCCCGGCUCGGAAUGGAUUCAGCCUCUUCCGUUUGCGCAUGAAUAUGAAACGCAGCAGACGUACUAUCCCCCGCCGCGAGAUCCUUUGCACUCGCCCAGUAGCCCGCAUUCAAACAGUGCAGAGUUGCCGAUUGCGAACACGCCGGGGCCUAGUGAGCUUUCGGCCGUGAGGAGUCCGCAGCCAACGCGUGGGAAUGUUUAG